CCAAACACAACCAAAGCAAACAAGCAGUGCUAGCUAUCCGUCUCACGUAGAAGAGAGAAAUGGCUUCUCCUUCCUUCUUCUUCCUACUCCAUCUCUUUCUAAUAAUAGCUACUACAACCACUUCAAAAGCUGACAGCCUCUCCCACACAUUCUACAUGAAAACAUGCCCCAUGGCCUUGCCUACCAUCAAGAAAGUCAUCAAUGCUGCUGUGAAGAAGGAACCCCGCAUGGGAGCUUCAUUGCUCCGUCUUCACUUCCACGACUGCUUCGUAAACGGUUGUGAUGCUUCCAUCUUGCUCGAUGACACGAACACAAUAGAUGGGGAGAAGACAGCAUUUCCCAACAUCAACUCUGCGAGAGGAUUUGAAGUCGUCGAUAGAAUCAAGUCAGCCGUUGAUGAAGCUUGCGGUGGCCCAGUCGUGUCCUGUGCAGACAUCUUAGCCGUUGCCGCUCGUGACUCUGUGGUUGCGCUAGGGGGGCCCACAUGGAACGUGCAGCUAGGAAGGAGAGACUCAACCAUGGCUAGCCGGACUGCCGCGAACAACAACCUCCCUGGACCCACCUCGGAUCUACCGACCCUCAUCGACAACUUCAAAGACCAUGGGCUGAACACUCGCGAUCUAGUGGCGCUCUCAGGUGGCCAUACCAUAGGAUUCUCGCAAUGUGAGAACUUCCGGGACCGCAUCUACAAUGAAACAAACGUCUUUCCCAACUUCGCCCGCCGGGUGCGCAGGUCAUGUCCUCCCUCUGGUGGGGACUCCAAUCUUGAACCGUUUGAUUCAACGCCUGGACGAUUUGACGUGAGGUACUUCAAGAGCUUGAAGGGGAAGAGAGGCCUACUUCACUCUGAUCAGGUUCUGUUCAAUGGUGGGCCUACAGAUGAGCUGGUGAAGAGCUACAGUUUAAGCCCCAAGGCUUUCACAACAGAUUUUGCUAAGUCAAUGGUGAAGAUGGGAAACAUAAGUCCUUUGACUGGCAAAAGAGGGCAAAUUAGGAAGAACUGUAGGAGGAUAAAUUAAGAAAACAAUGUGAGAAGAUUGUUUGUUUGUUUUUUUCUUUU